CCUCUAAGAAAGAGACCAUAUCUGCAGACAAAAAAGCACUUAUAUCCUUAGAUAAAAACAAUACAGCUUUAAUUAAAAAUAAAAAAACCUAUAAUGAUCAGAACAAGAUUGACAAGAGUCAUGAUCCUGUUAAAAGCUUUAAUUAUAAUGAUGCUAAUAAAGUAUUCCGAAUAUGA